CGGUGUCACGUGGGGGGCCGCGCCUGCGCACUGCUAGUCGGGUGGCGGGGAGCGGAGCGGAGCGGAGCGAGGCCGGGCCAUGGCGGCGGGCGGAGGAAAGAAUGAAGACUCCUACAAGGUAUUGGACCUGACAGAAUACACCAAGAAUCAGUCUUGGUGGCGCAAGCUCUUUGCACCACAUUCUGGGUCAAGUGCUGAAAAGUAUAAUGUAGCAACACAACUGGUGAUUGGAGGAGUCACUGGAUGGUGUACUGGCUUUAUCUUCCAGAAAGUUGGAAAGCUGGCAGCGACAGCAGUGGGAGGUGGCUUUUUCCUACUUCAGAUUGCAAAUCACAAGGGCUACAUCAAAGUGGACUGGAAGCUAGUUGAGCGGGAUGUGAACAAAGCCAAGCAGCAACUGAAAUUUCACAGCAGUGGCACCCCACUGAUCCCAGAAACUAAAAGCAGAGCUGAUGAGGUUAUCACGUUUCUGAAGAAGAAUGUUAUCCUGACUGGAGGGUUUGCUGGUGGAUUCCUGCUUGGAAUGGCUUCCUAGAAACUGCAUAUAACUGCCUCAGUGUCCCUUCAUGCCCAGCCUCUCCUGCACUCCUCUCCACUUCCAACUAGGAAAAGAGUGGGUUUUGCCAACUGACUUGGCUUCCUCAGGUCUUACUUCAUCUCCCUGGGUUUCAGCCCCUGCUUUCUGUAACAUUGCCACACAUUUUCCUCCCUUUUUUUCCCCCCUUGUGUCUGAGCUCUCUUGAUGUAGAGCUCCAUUGGUGCAUCUGAACUUGCAGGUAAAAAGCUCAUGAACCUCAGCAUUAGCUUGUCAGUUUGAUUCUUUUCCUUACCUGGCAAAUCCCACCACAGAUUUCUAGGUCAGGUGCAGUGCCAUACAUAGAUGACAAUGGGAAUCUGAAAGCAGGUGCAAGGACUGACAGCUUUAAACUUCUGUCUCCCAGCACUACUAGCAGUUCUGUAUCCUCUGUUCUCUAGUAACUGAAAAGCCCUUGCUUCCAGCUGUAAGGGGACAAAGGAAACGUUGCCUGAAAUCAUCAUAUGCUUGGCUAUUCGUGGAUGGAAAUAGAAUUACAAAAGGGUAAGUCAGACCAUGCUCUGAAGUGGGCACCACUGUUUGUUUGGAAAACAGCUGAGUCAGUGGCAGAUGGUGGUUGAGUAAGUAUACCUGCCGGUUUGUUUAGAAGUACUCUAGCAGACUGGUUCUUCUGUCUUUGCCCCUUUUUAGGCCCUUGCCAUUAAACUACUCACAGAUGGCUCCUUGGCAUCAUCUCUACUGGUAUUUAUACUGGAAAUGCAGCAUUGGCACUGCAGAUGGAAAUUCUGAGUGUACAUAUGACUGACUCUUCCUGAUCCUUUAUUGUGGGUUUUGAAAGUCAUUGAGCUUCCUACCACUUAUAAUGCUUUCUUUUUCUUCACUGUCUACUUUAUGGCUGGCUCAGCUUGUGAACUUGACACCAUACAGAAUGCCUGAACUGUUUGUAUGUGACUGCCAAGACCAGCUCCAUCUUCCCUGGCACACUUGUGUUGUGGCAGUUACUGUAACAUGCACAUUGGUCAGACUGACUUUUAGGGGACUGCAGCCUCUAUUUGGGGGCAUUGUGGAAUUACAACUACCUGUAGGUGUGCAGGGCACAAGGAAUACGAGCUAUCUGGGAUAUAUUGUAGUCUUCCAGGAUUCCAGUUUUUCAGUGUAUGCAGCAGUGUUGGUGUCUCAGACUGACUAAAAUUGCUCUAAAUACAGAAAACCAUUUAUCUUCCUUUGAGCGUUCUACCUACUAAGAACUGGAUAGAUGGAGCUUGUGAAAGUAUGAACUUUUCAGUUUGCCUACCAGCCAGCUGCACUUGAGUGACAGCCACCUUAAAACAUGGUGAUCAGCUCCCUGUAGCAUGUAUAUUUACUAAGUAGUAUUUGACAUAUGAUCUAAUAAAUCAUAAGAAUCUGUGCUUUAAAAAAUUCUUGGUUUAUAUGGUGAGAGAUUCAUACGUAGGCUUUUUAAACUGAGACUGGAACUGGCAUAGAUUAUGAGAGCUACUGCUUGGAGCAGCUAUUCUAAAACAGCCCAGUUUGCCUCCCUCUCUGGAGAAGUGGGGAGGGGGGGAAGGAUGCUUGUUCCUUUCUAAACUAGAUACUGGGUUGUGGAAAACCAAGUCACCAUCUCUAAAUUGUUGCAAAAAUAACUCUGCUUUACUUUAAGCCUUUUAUAGCUUCUCCUCCUUCCUGGGUUCUGCUUGAUUCUUUUACUGUUCCAGAAACAAGUGUCUGGGUGAAAGUAGUCUCCCUCCGUUUGUUUAAUUCCUGCACCUGCAGAACAACUCCAGCAUACCCUGGGUUGUAAUGCGGGUUGGAGGCAGGGUCAGCUUGGCUGGGGAAGGUAGGCCUAGUGUUGCCAAGGCCUGAAUUGAUCUCUAACCUACAAGAGAAAAAGAAAAAAAAGUGUUAAAAAUAACUUGGAGAUCCAGUCAGCAUUUGCUAGCACUGGGCCUUUGUCUCCCUGCCCCAGUCCCUUUUGAAUCAAUAGCCUGGAAGGCAAGGGGCUUGUUGGCUCUGUGGUUCAGAUGACAGUAAUUAGCUGUUCUGGCUGAGGGUGGGUUACUUAUUCAAAACCUGUUCCCACUUGCCAUUAAAAUCCCAGGAAGUGAACUGUGUGUGUGGUCAGACACUUCUGAAUGUAGUGUGUGGCACAAAGAUGCACUUUAUUUGUUCUGCUGCAAUAACUCUGUUUAGCUAGCUCUUGACCUAGCUGGAAACAGGGUAUUUACCCAAAGGAAAAAUGCUGGGGGCCCUGAGUGCUCUCUUAGAGCUAUGGUAGCUUGAUGACUACAGUAUUUUUUUUUUAUGAAAGCACCUGAUAUAUUUAAAUUGUUUCUCUCUCAAUUUCUCCAUCAUAAUAAGUUCAGCAACUCAGUUCCAUCUGAUUAACCUUCCUUGCCUUCCUGAUCCAAUAGUGGAGAUCAGGAGAAACAUUCCUUUAGUCAGAGAAUAGAGGAGAAAUUCCUGCUACGUAUCAGUAGCAGGGUAGGAAACACUAGGCUCAUACCACGUGGCAGAUAAUGUACAGUCAAAAGCUAUAGCCAUCACACAACAUAGUGAUAUAAGUUCACAGUAAAUCUUUGUAUGUUAGAGAGCAGGAUAAAUAGCUGCUAUGUUGGGAAAAGGGCUUCAUGCUGAUGAAUUUAUAAAAUAUGCAAUCCAGGGAGCUCCUGUUGCUACAAGAAAAUACCUGUACUUCUGCCUGCUGUGCUGGCUAACAAAAUUUCUUUCUAAGAGACUUCUCUCUUCAAAGCUUUCUCCAAAGACAAUGCUGAAUAGACACACAUGCACAUGCGUGCACGCACACUUUGGGAGGCCCAGUUUUAGGAUGAUGGCUGUAAAUUAAUCAAAACUUCUGGCCUAGUGCCUAGCCAACUUAUCAAUUGGAAGCUUGGCAGUGAACUUUGUUCAUGUGGUUAUAAAACCUGAGAAGUCUCUUGUUUCACUGUCCCCUUCUCCAGCUGCUGUCAUGUUCCUCCUCAGGUAUGAAAGAUUGCUAAAUAUAGGAAAUAAGUGCUGCUGAUGUAUUGUGCCAGUCUAAGAAACGAGCACAUUCUUAUUAGGCCUUAGAGCUAUUUCUAGUAGCAACUUCCUGCCUAUAGGAAUACCAGCCUUUCAGAUGUUAUUCUAGGCAAAAGGCUAAUGAAUCUAAUAAGGAAUAUAUUGGGAAUCUGUUCCGUCUUGGAGCCCCUUAAAAAUAGCUGCUGUUUGACUGCAGUAUUAUGUAUUGCUGCCAUGAAACAAAGCAGCUAGUAGAGGGAGCUAAAAUUUUAACUUCUCAAAACUGGUGGAGGGGAUCUCAGAAGCAAUCAAAGGGAGGAAACCAUAUUGACUUUUGAUCUGAACAAGUGACUUGGAGCAAGACCAGGGACAUCGGAGUUUGACACAAGAAGAUUAACUAUAACCGUGAGAGUGUAAAACUUCCAAACUGGAAUUUCCAGGUUACAUGUCACUACACUGUGUGCCAGGAGUGGAAGGCUUGUCUCUCUUUAUUUUCAAAUGUACAAAUCUACCAUGGAAUUUUUUUGGAUCAUGUUGUGGGUGCCAAAAUGAAAUCCAACUCCCUGUUUUGUUUCAACUAACUUAGCACCCAUUCCAGUGAGUUAUAGUUUAAGAAUGUAUGUCUUUAAAAAAAAUUUUGUAUAUCAUCUGUAAAUGCUUGUUGAAGUGAUAUUUUAUUAAACUGUUUUGCUCUAA